AUGCGGUACCAAUCGCACGGAGAAUCACACAGAUGCCUGGCCUGCUUGCUCCGCCUGUCCUCGUCUUCAUUUGAUACGCAGCUUGAUGUCCAGGGCCAAACUUCCAGACAUGGCUUCCUGGCGGCGUGCAUGAUCCAGCGCAUAGAAACGCACAAGAAACGAAUGGCACAGCAUGGGGCCUUGGGAUUUCAACAUGUAUUGAGGAUCAAACCGAUCGACGUGCGUCGAACGGAUUUGACUGUGCAAUAUGGAGUGCCUUUAAGAAGUUUUGCAAAGAACUCCAGUGACGGCAUGUUCAUUGCAUUCCAUGCUCUGGAUCUCGCGAGAGGUUGCAGCUCACUUUUCUUGUUUGAUAGAAACCAAAAGCUGCAAGGGAUCUGUCAAUACAACAAUCUCCAGCGCCCAGUCUUACUGUGA